AUGAGGUGGUUUUUCAGUAAUAAGCAACGAAUUAUUCUCACUCUUGUAUUCUACUUUGUUGUACUACUUUUGAUCUCAUUGAGAAAAGAAAGCAUUUAUAAAUAUUCAUCUGAGAAUUAUGUUCUAUAUAACGCUUCUUCUUCAUUUAUAAUCAGUGAUCCAUCGGGCACAUCUCGAUCGAAACUUCCAGUUUCUCAUGCUUUCAUCAACUCUGUCUACUACUAUCCAACCUCAAAAUCACUUGGUGACAAUGCGAUAGCUUUCACAAUGGCUAUUGACCAACACAGCCACCUCAUGAAGGGUCAUACUUUCAAGGUGUUGGGAUACAACUCGACAGAUGUUGUAGAAUCCGUUGCCACCUCACAAACAGAAGGAAUCGGAAGAUGCCGGUAUACGACAAUGAUGGCAAGAGCGAAUACAAUUUCUCAUUUGGAAAGAAUUGAAAUUGAAUCAAAUGGAGUGUCUGUAGCGAUUCCAUUCAAAAUGGCUCGUUAUACUGCUCCAAAACCAGUUAUCAUUUGUAUAUCUCCUCAAUUUGCUGCCGAGCAAUGGCAGAUGUUUGUGAUGCAUGUACAUGCAGCCAACCAGUUCGGUGGACAUCUUCAUAUCUAUCUAACCUCCAUCAUCGAGUCAUAUUAUGAACUGAUGAAAGUGUAUGAAAAAUUGGGAUACAUCACAAUGGAUUAUUGGCUCCGAAUGAAGUUUAUGAACACAAAGACCCCGUAUUUUGAGCCUAAUGGCAAUGUCGAAUGGAGAAAUCAGGCAGGAGCACAAACUGAUUGUCUUCUUCAAUACAAAGAAGCAGCCGAAUAUAUUGCAUUUUUUGAUAUGGAUGAUAUUCUAUUUCCAAAGUAUUAUCCAACUUAUUUAGAAGAAUUUAAUGCAGUCCUAGCUGCGAAUCCAGGCACAAAUUACCUGUUCUAUGGGAGAAGAGAACAUGAGUUCGUCAAAGCAUCAACUCUUUCUGAAUUUACUUUCACCGAACUUGUUCAAAGUCUUCGUUCUUCUCAAACAGUGAAACGUGGAAAAGUUGUGGUCAGACCAGAUGCUUAUAAUUCCACGUGGAUUCACAACAGUAAACAUGUUAGCUUCAAGACAGGUGUCAAAGUGAAAACCCCAACACUAGUUCAUGUUCAACUGCCAGUCGACAAAAGUGGAAAACGAAAUCAUUCGAGAGAUUUAUGGAAAAUUGAGUUUGGACCACUGAAUGAGACUAUCAGAGAAGAUGAUGUGAGAGCAAUUGAAGAAGAUAUUUACAGAUUGAAAAAUAUGACAAGAAUCGCUGCGUUGGCUCCGUAUCUCCCGAGCUCUGAUUACUACCUUCCGAUUGUCUUCAAGUGUUACUUUGAUUCAUUUUACAAAGACACUUUUGUCACAAAAAUUGGUGUACCAAGAUGUCCGAACGCUGAUGUUUGUGAUCUACCCCAACGAGAUGACUACAAAUGUAUUCAUUCGGAUGCACAAUAUUACUCGGGUCCAGAUAUGCAACCAGUCACUUAUCAUUUCACAACUGAUUCAUUUUGGUCAAAAGAUAUCGGGUGUUACCAAUGA